AUGACAAUGCCUUCUCCCACUGAUUUAAUAGUGUGUGGAGGUACUGUCAGAAUCACAUACCUCCUAAGUCAGACAGAUUACUCGUGCAUAUAUGAUGGCUAUACAGUCUCCAACAACAAGCCCUGUAUUGUAAAACAGUAUAAAUUUUCAAUUGAUGAGCCUGCCUUAAAGCGGGAAAUUGAAUUAUUUAAGAACAAUAAAGAAGAAUUCUUCCCUACAUUAAUUGCAGGACCAUCAGUUGAGAAGGAUGGCGUUUUUGCAGCGUUUUCGAUUUACCAAGGACAAAUGUUGAACAUGAUGAUCGAAAACACAUCCUGCCUUAAUGCCUUCGAAGUCAUAAAUGUUCUUAUACAGACAUAUCGCAUGAUAAAAUACCUUGCAGGAAAAAGAUAUGCGAUAUUUAAACUAUCUCCCAAUAUUAUCAGGUAUGACCCAACAAAACCUCACAUACAGUUCUUGGAAGCCAUUGAUUUGCAUGAUGUUACCAAGGAAACCCUUGAUGAAAAGUUGAUAGAUUCUUUGACUGCCGUCCGAAGCUUAAUUCAGAAAGCAAUUCCUUGGAUGGUUGAGCAGGACUGCGAAGAUAAAUGGCUCAGCAACGAGGAGAGAAUGUUGAACGGAUUUUAUCGUCAACUACGCGAUGAACCAUUGAAAACACUCAAAAACCCUAUGAUGAAGCAAGAUCCAAAGCCUAUUUCUAUUACAGAGGAGCUUGAUGCAUUGGCUAACAACGCUCUCUAUGCAUAUUAA